AUGCUAGAAGGGCGAGCAGUGGAGAAAGGUGUCAUCCCCUAUUCGUGCGCUGGUCUUGAACGCAGCUUUGUGCUGCGAUUUAAGUGGUAUCCGGUUCACAGACCAAACGGGGAGAAGCAGCACCCGCCAAUCCAGACGAACUUCGCUGUCGACCUUCUUGCCAAUGUCCUCCUUUCAAUCCAGCUCCUCGAGCCCAUGCACAAACAGCACGGCCGUAUCGUCUAUACAUCCAGCUGCACAAACGAUCCCCAUCGGCCAGAGAACGAGUAUUACAAGCCAGGCAAGCUCUACGACCCCCAGGCAUGCCCUGAGGAAACCUGUACGCCCCGAUGGCUGGCUCAGUACCUGUGGCCGAACGGGCUCUUCCGCACUGCCGAGAAGUCUGCACAGGACCUGCUGCCAGCAGCGCUGGAACCCAAGCACGCCUGGGCACGUCCUACAGAAGCAUACUUUAAUGGGAGCGAGCAAGCUGAGGCAGCGGUAGAGGCAAAAGGCGAGAAGAAGCAACAGGAGCUGUGGGGGUUGAGUUUGCAUUAUGUAGGUCUGGACGAUGAAAGCCAGACAGUGGAUGCCUCCUGA